AUGUCGCUCAAGAGCGUGUACCAGAAAUUCCUCGCGAAUUCCAGGUCCGCUUCGUUGGCCGCCGAUGCCUCGCUGAUCUAUAUCACCACAACUACUCAAUUCGACGGCGCCGACGCAGUGGUUAGCCAUCUCACCAAACAGGAAUCCAUCGUGAAGAGAAAAUCGGCUGAGAUUAUCGGCGCGAUUGAGAGCUCCGAUUCUCUGUGCUUGGAUGUUGAAACAACACUGGAGUUUGUGUCUGGAGGCGGGGCCUAUCUUCCCUCACUGGAUGAUAAUUUCCUGGCCGACCGGGUCGCAACUUUCCCCACGGUCCAUGUUGUGCGAUUCAAUUCCGAGAAGCAAAUCCAGAAUGUCAGAAUCUACUGGGACCAGGCUUCGCUACUGAAACAAGUCGAAGUCAUCGGCUCCCGUGGGCGCGGUUGGCCCAUCCGCGACGCGAAAGACCAGACGCGCCUCAUUAAAGCUGCCGUCAGCUCCGCCCCUGCGAACAGUGGAGAUGCGCCCUCACUACCGUCCAGCAAGGAAACCCGUGAAGACCCCGCUCCUAAAGUUGUCUCCCCAGGAAAGAGACGGAUCAAGGAUCCGUACGCGGCGGACUCUCUUGACGAACUUCUCUCGCCUGGCAAGGAUCGGACCGCGCCUGUGCGUGCUCCCCGUACUCCUGUGUCCGCGAAGCCCCCGCCUCGCGAAUACAGUGAGCUUUUCCUCGCACAUGAGGAUGACGAGCCGGAGACUACGCCAUCCAAAUCUCGGCCCAUUGCUCCCAAGGCAGGCUCCGACAAGACAUUCCUUGAGUCCCGCAUCUUCGCCGGCGACGAGGAUGAUCCUGCCGACGCGAAGCAGCAGAUCGCCUACAAGGCCAACCCCAAACGGUUUGACCACUUUCAGCUCGGCGCCGAUAAUAGCGAACGGGAAGUGCAGGACAAACCCGGCCGCCCCAUGUCGCGCCCUGUCGCUCACUGGGACUUUGAAGAUUUCGCGACUCCGGAGAAGCCAAAGCGCGCACCCCGUGGUCAGGAGGUACGUCAUUUCGGAUGGAACGACGAUGAACCCGAGCUCCAGAAUACUCCUCCUGUGAGGCCUCAUGUGCCCCAGCCCAGACGCGACGCGGAAACGCAUUUCCAAUUGAUGGAUAAAGACGAAGAGAACCACAAGAGCCGCAUCAUCAGCUCGUUCCAGAACAAAGGUCUCAACCUCUACAAGAAUCAUUUGUACAGCGAGGGGGACUCCCCUGAAAAGAAGAAUGGGAACAAGGCACCACUCAGUGUUGCUCACAAUGGUUCCAACCGCAAGAAGGACUUCGAGAGUCACUGGAGCAUGGCGAAUUCUUCCCCCGCGGACGGCAAGGCCAGUCACGAGAACCAGAAGCCCGUGGCGACGGACCGCUUGAAGGCCGUUAAAGCCAUGGAGUCCUCGUGGGAAGCCUACGAUGAGUCCCCUCAGCCGAGCAAGACUGGACCUCCUCCGCCCCAGCGUCGUGCGGGCCAGCGUGUCAAUGAAAGACACUUCGCCUUUGGCGAUGAGUAG